AUGAUGUUUAUGCUUCUCGUAUAUCUCAUAUCAAAUGAUUAUGCUGUUGGAUUCACGAUGGUUGUGAUGGUGGCACAAUGCGCUUGCAUCAAUAUUAGAUCUACGCCUUUUCUACGAAAUCUUUUGCCACCAUACAGUGAAUGA